UCAACUGAUCAAGAAAAUGUUUGAUCUUAAUUUGAGUAGUUGUUUACUUGUUAAUCAUAUGAAAGUAGAUAAAGAUUGGGUUUUUUUUUGGUACCCUUCACAUUUAAUUUCGUAGAGCUUUUAUGGUUGGAAAUACAUGUACAUGUACUAAUUAUUUUGUAUGUAUACAUGUAUAGAGAGAGAGAGUAGAGAGAGAGAGAGAAGUGUCAAGUGUGAGGGCCUGUAAUCUGCUGCAGGGACUGGUAUCAGAACCUUGGCAGAUGGGUCUUUUAACUUUUUUCCCUCUUCAAAAUAAUUUCUCCAUUUUCUUCCUCCAAAUAACUCAUCUCUCUCUCUCUCUCUCUCUCUCUCUACACAUUUCAACAACAUGCAUUAUUUGUACUGUUCUUUUUCUCUCUCACACACACAGAUACACACUCAAACACACACACACACUCUUGCAGAGCUCUCUGGCAGAACGAUGUGAUUGAACAUUACAACUAAAGCCAUCAUAGCCCUGCUCUUCUCUCUUUCUCUUGUCACAUUUUCCCACAUCUUUUCUUGACUAGUAGUAAUAAUUCAAAUUCCCCUUCUUCUUCUUCUACUACUCUCUCUCUCUCUCUCUGUAUCUAUGUCGGUGAAUCCAGGAGCACUCCAUGAUCUGAUACUCUCUCUCACCUUUUCAUUAACAACCCCAUUUCAUCUUACAUCCAUUCAAACAAACCAAAAUUAAGGUUUAUAGCUAGAGGGUUUCGUGAUGUAAGAAAAGAGUUUUUGGCUUAUUUCCAAAUUUAAGGUUGUGAUUGUUCUGCAAACUGGUCUAUGAGUAGUGUGUGCUAUCAGCUAUGGCUAAUUCUUGGAAAAUAAAUAUUCUUGCUGGAAUUCUUGCAGUGUGCUUGAGCUUUGCUUGUGUUGAUUGUGAUGAAGGUACUAUUUUGGUGGAGGUAAAGAAAUCAUUUAGAGACGUGGACAAUGUGCUGUAUGACUGGACUGACUCACCAUCUUCAGAUUGCUGUGUGUGGAGAGGUGUCACAUGUGACAAUGUCACCUUCAAUGUGCUUGCUCUAAAUCUCUCGGGUUUGAAUCUUGAAGGGGAAAUUUCGUCUUCGAUAGGCCAGCUUAAAGCCCUUCUCACCCUUGAUCUAAAGGGGAAUCGUCUCUCCGGACAAAUCCCGGAUGACAUUGGAGACUGUUCAUCUCUUAUAAGCUUGGACUUAUCGUUCAACGAGCUAUAUGGAGAUAUUCCCUUCUCGAUUUCAAAACUCAAGCAACUUGAGAAUUUGAUUUUGAAGAAUAACCAACUGAUUGGUCCAAUCCCCUCGACACUUUCUCAGAUUCCUAACUUGAAAAUUUUGGACUUGGCCCAAAACAAGUUGAGUGGGGAAAUACCAAGACUACUAUACUGGAAUGAAGUUCUACAAUAUAUGGGGUUGCGAGGUAAUAAUCUACAAGGUACACUCUCUCCCGACAUGUGUCAGCUAACGGGUUUGUGGUACUUUGAUGUUAGAAAUAAUAGCUUGAGUGGUUCAAUACCUGAAAAUAUCGGCAAUUGCACUGCCUUCCAGGUUCUGGAUUUAUCGUACAACAAUUUCAGUGGCGAGAUUCCGUUCAACAUUGGGUUUCUACAAGUUGCUACCCUGUCAUUGCAAGGUAAUCGGUUCUCUGGGCAAAUCCCGUCUGUUAUUGGUCUGAUGCAAGCACUUGCAGUGUUAGAUCUAAGCUGCAAUGUGUUGAGUGGGUCCAUACCACCGAUUCUUGGAAAUUUAUCUUACACUGAGAAACUGUAUCUACAUGGGAAUAAGCUAACCGGCUCUAUUCCUGCUGAGCUUGGGAAUAUGACAAAGCUCCAUUAUCUGGAAUUGAAUGAUAAUCUUCUCAGUGGGCAUAUACCAUCCGAACUAGGGAAGCUCACGGAUUUGUUUGACCUAAAUGUAGCCAACAACCACUUGGAGGGGGCUAUACCCGAUAAUCUCGGCUCUUGUACAAAUCUGAAUAGCCUUAAUGUGCAUGGGAACAAAUUGAGUGGGACUAUUCCCCGAGCAUUUCAAAAGCUCGAAAGCAUGACUAAUCUGAAUCUAUCUUCGAACAAUCUCAAAGGCCCAAUUCCAAUCGAACUAUCUCGCAUUGGUAAUCUGGACACUUUAGACCUUUCCAAUAACAAAAUCAGCGGUGAAAUGCCGUCUUCUCUUGGUGACUUGGAACACCUCCUUACGCUAAAUUUAAGUAAUAAUGCUUUGACUGGGAUCAUUCCUGCUGAGUUCGGUAACUUGAGAAGCGUAGUGGAGAUUGAUCUCUCGAGAAACAACCUUUCCGGUCCCAUUCCGCAGGAACUCGGUCAGCUUCAAAAUCUCUUCUUGCUGAAGCUGGAGAACAACAAUAUAUCCGGAAAUGUGAUGUCACUAGCGAGUUGCCUCAGUCUUACAGUGCUAAAUGUAUCGUACAACAAUCUUGCUGGUUUUAUUCCCACCGGAAAUAACUUCUCUAGGUUUUCCCCAGACAGCUUCUUAGGGAAUCCAGGGCUUUGCGGGCACUGGCUCAACUCUUCUUGCUAUUCACCUCGGCCAGCCCAACGAGUUACAAUAUCGAAAGCAGCUAUACUCGGAAUCACUCUAGGCGCUUUCGUUAUUCUGCUUAUGAUCUUAGUUUUAGCUUGUCGACCGCAUAAGCCUAAACCAUUCAUAGAUGGCCCACUUGAUCACAAACCAGUGAGUUACUCAUCUCCAAAGCUAGUCAUCCUUCACAUGAACAUGGCUCUUCACGUGUACGAUGACAUCAUGCGAAUGACGGAGAAUCUGAGCGAGAAGUACAUAAUCGGUUACGGUGCAUCGAGCACCGUGUACAAAUGCGUUCUGAAAAACUGCAAACCCAUCGCUGUCAAGAAACUCUAUUCUCAGUACCCUAAUUGCCUUAAAGAAUUUCAGACAGAAUUAGAGACAGUCGGGAAAAUCAAACAUCGAAACCUAGUCAGCCUCCAAGGAUAUUCCCUCUCCCCUUCUGGAAACCUCCUCUUCUACGACUACUUGGAAAACGGAAGCCUCUGGGACAUUCUUCAUGGAAAAGCUAAGAGGAAAAAGCUCGAUUGGGAAACUCGUAUAGGUAUAGCCCUUGGUGCUGCACAAGGGCUGGCCUACCUGCACCACGAUUGUAGCCCUCGAAUCAUCCAUCGAGACAUGAAAUCUUCGAACAUUUUACUGGACAAGGAAUACGGGGCCCACCUCACUGAUUUCGGCAUUGCUAAACGCUUGUGCGCAUCUAAAACACACACUUCAACUUGUGUAAUGGGAACAAUCGGUUAUAUCGAUCCAGAAUAUGCUCGAACUUCUCGUUUGACUGAGAAAUCCGAUGUGUACAGCUACGGAAUUGUUCUCCUCGAGCUUCUCACUGGAAAGAAAGCCGUUGAUGAUGAAUUGAAUCUCCAUCAUAUGAUUUUAACGAAGGCAGCAAAUAAUGAAGUAAUGGAUACGGUUGAUCCGGAGAUAUCGGAAACAUGUAAUGAUUUAGGAGAAGUGAAGAAGGUUUUUCAGCUGGCUCUAUUAUGCACUAAAAGACAGCUAAUGGAGAGGCCAACGAUGCACGAAGUGGUUAGAGUACUAAGAACCCUUGUGCCUCGUGAAGAUAAAAGUUCGACCGUUUUGCCCUCGGAUCAAAUUACAUCGACGAAAGCUCAGUGUUACAUGGAUGAGUAUGCAAAUCUGAAAACUCCACACUUGGUCAAUUGUUCAUCCAUGAGCACGUCGGAUGCAGAGCUAUUCCUUAAAUUUGGGGAAGUAAUUUCUAAGAAUAGUGUUUAAUGUAGUAAGAAAUUAGAAAUCAAGAAUGUUGGGAUAAAAGAAGUGAUUAUUGUAAUAUAAAAGGAUCUUUUAGUAACCAACAAUUAUUGUAGUAAGUUGUAAAAAAAGAAAAAAAUGGACAUGCUUUUUUCUCUAC